AUACUGACGUUUCAAAUUCAGGAGCCACGGUUAUCGCUUAUUAAGUUCAAGCACAUUUUUUUGCAAGUUAUCAUUAAUAACAGUCCCCCCAUCAUUAUUAAUAAGUCUGGGAAUUUAAAAAAAAUCGAGUGGGAGGGGCGCAGUUAAAAGGAUGUUUCCAAACAACGCACUGACAAGGACAUCUCAACAUUAUCACAGUCAGAAUAAUAGACAUAUUAUAUGGCCAAUCCCUUAUGUCUAAACAGGUAGACAGAAGCAAUGCCUUUGUUGGAUGUGCAUGGGGUCCAGGUUAACUUCCCCUUUGAACCAUACCCAUGUCAACUGGACUAUAUGAAUAAAGUUAUCGAGUGCCUUCAAAAGGACGUCAAUGGAGUGUUGGAAAGCCCAACGGGGACCGGUAAGACUCUGUGUCUUCUAUGUUCCUCCCUCGCCUGGCAGGAGACUCGUAAGGCACAGACUGAGUUCAACAAACAGGUAAGCGUUAGUCAGCUUCUAGGCCCAGGGGAGAAGGGACCAUCAGAUAGGGCACUAGAAGGACUGGCCAAGUCACUAGAAGGAUCCACGGGAACAUCUUGGGGUGGAUCUGACUUUGCUGUUCCUAAGAUCAUCUAUGCCUCAAGGACACAUUCCCAACUGUCCCAGGUUAUCCAAGAGCUUAAACGGACUGCAUACAACACGGUUAAAGUGAGUGUGAUCGGAUCCAGAGAUCAGCUGUGUAUUCAUGAACAGGUCAAGAAGGAACAGAGCAACACAGGAAAGGUACACAUGUGUCGGGCUAAAGUCAACAGUCGGACAUGUUAUUACUACAAUCACCUAGAUGAUUUGAAGAAAAACUCGGAACCGCGCGUGUUGACAGGCAACGUAGUAGACAUAGAGGAUUUGGUCAACUAUGGCCAGAAAAACAAAGUGUGUCCAUACUACAUGGCACGGGAGUUGAAAGCAGAUGCAGACAUUAUCUUCAUGCCAUACAACUAUCUUCUCGAUCCAAAAACACGUAAAGCCCAUGGGGUGGAGCUACAGGGAAACGUUGUAAUCUUUGACGAGGCACAUAACCUGGAAAAGAUAUGUGAAGACAGCUCCUCAUUUGAUAUGAAGGCUGGUGACCUAGCCACCGCCAUUGAGGAAAUGUCACGCCUCGGGGAGAAAUUUGUUGAGCUCAUACAGACCGAGCGAUCGGAGGAGGAUCUUGGAGGGCCAGAAGCAAUGCCAGAUUUCACACUUGACGAUAUUCUCCGUCUGAAGUCGACCUUAGUUGACUUUGAGAAGGUCAUUGACGAGGUGAAUGUGCCAUCAGGUGGGAAGGGUCUUACCAAACCAGGCAUGUUUAUUUAUGAGUUACUGGGAAAAGCUAAUAUCGUCUACUCAAACAAAAACAUAAUUGUGGACAUGCUUGAAAAAAUUGUGGGCUACAUCACUGCUGAUGCUUCUGGGUCCGGGGCAGGGAUUUCCAAGGGUGUGGGUCUCAACAAGGUGCUGGAUGUAUUGAAGAUCAUCUUCAGUCAGGAUGUGCCACCAGGAAGUUCACUCCUAGAGCAUCAGGAAAAACUGGCAAAGUCAUAUAAGGUUCACCUUCAGAAGGAUGAUGGUGGAAAGAAGAAGAAACAAAUGGACCUCUGGACAAACAGCAGUGCUCAGGAGAAGAUGGGGAAGACUCUCUCCUACUGGUGUUUUAGUCCUGGCCACAGCAUGAGCGAUCUGCUUGCACAUGGGAUCAAGUGUAUUGUCCUGACCAGCGGCACACUUUCACCUCUUGACUCAUUUACUGCGGAAAUGCAAAUUCCAUUCCCUGUACGCCUAGAGAAUCCUCACGUGAUCCAAAAACACCAGGUCUGGGUCGGCACGUUAAAGAAGGGCCCUGAUGGUACGACUCUCAACUCAAACUUCGAAACCAGAUUUACAGUAUCAUACCAAGCAGCCCUGGGAAAUUCUAUAGUGAACUUUGCCAGGGAGGUGCCGAAUGGACUGUUGAUAUUUUUUCCAUCCUACCCGGUUAUGGAAAAGUGUCUUGAACAGUGGAAGGAAUCCAACAUUUGGUCAAGAAUUGAGCAGUAUAAGCAGAUCUUUGUGGAGUCCAGAGCAAAGGGGGUUUUGAAUGAUCUGAUGAAUGACUUCUACAGUAAAAUCAACGAUCCUUCGUUAAAUGGGGCCAUAUUUAUCGCUGUUUGCAGAGGGAAGGUGAGUGAAGGUCUGGAUUUCUCUGACACAAAUGGUCGGGCGGUGGUGAUUACCGGGCUACCCUAUCCCCCGUACAUGGACCCCAAGGUUGUACUGAAGAUGCAGUACCUUGAUGAAAUGAAGGGGAAACAGGGAUUCCAGAGUCUGAGCGGAAAGGAAUGGUACCGUCAGCAGGCUUCUCGGGCCGUUAACCAAGCCAUUGGCCGCGUGAUCCGACAUAAAGACGACUUCGGAGCCAUUAUACUCUGUGACACAAGGUUUUCUAACAACGAUUCCAUCAAGCAGUUACCAGUCUGGGUACGACCCCGUUGUAACAAGUACGAGGCAUUCGGCUUAGCAGUUAGGGAUCUCAUGGUGUUCUUCAAACAUGCUGAGAAACUGAUGCCCACCCCAGGAGCAAACAAGAAACAGUCCAGAUCAUCCUCUACAGGGGGCGGGGCUUACUUCUUGCCCACAGCAACGAGGACAGGAUCCGGCGAGGGACCCAGUUCUGCCCAUCCAGCACAUUUUGUACAGCAGCAUGUCCCAAGCCUUAAGCACAGAGAAAAUGUUGUUACAAAUGAGAAGUUACAACAGCAUUACAGUGGUGGUUCCAUGGAAACGUCGUCAAGAUCACAGAAAAGCUUGUUUUCUGCUCUUGAUCAGACAGAGAAAUUCCAGGAGCCGGCUUUCUCUCCAGCACAGUUGCAGACAGAUCAAACAGCUGGAAUUGAUUUCAGAAAACCAGGUACAAAAAGGAAGAUAAUUAUCAAAAAGCGCGAUGGUGAUGUCACUGAGAAAGAAACCAAGGCUGCGGUUUCAUCAAAACAGCUCAAUACAGCAGAAAACUAUAUUUCAGAGGUAAAGGCAAGUCUUGGAAAGGAAUCCAGUGGGUACAAGCAAUUUUCCUCUGCUCUCGUGCAAUAUAAGAAGUCUGAGGACAUUGAAUCCGUGUGCAAUGUCAUUACGGAAGUUUUUGUGAGACAGGGACAUUUUCCACAACUGUUUGCUAAGUUUUACAGGUUUGUCCGGCCCAAGCAUAAAGAGCGAUUCAGUGAACUAUGUCAGCAGAUAACAGGCUUAUCAACAGGGUACAAGACGGAGGAUUCGGUCAGCCGUAAACGUCUUCAGGAGACGGAGUUGGGGAGUGGGGCGUUCAAGAAGCAGAAAACUGACUCCGAUGAUAUGAAAAACAGCAAAGAAGGUGCGAAAACAGUCAGUUUAGAGAAAACAAAUCAUGUUAAGUCAUCCUCGUCAUAUGACAAAGAGAAUGGUGGGACUGUUAAAGCCUCUGCAAGUUCGGACAAAUCAGGGUGUUUAAGUAAAGUGAGCACACAAACAACCAUUAACACAUCGAAAAGUACAGGGAAACCAGGGAGUACCAGUAAAACAGUACCCUGUAUACGUGCCUCACUUCUACCGGCUAUGGAGGCACAGGAACCUUCUAAUGCUCCCGUAUCAGGUUAUACAUGUUGCAAAUGCAGUCAGAUGGCUAAAGUACCAUUUCGUGCUAUGUGUGACCACAUCUGUUGUAUGGCUUGCUGGCGAGACGUGUUUCUGGGGACCAAACUCUGCCCGUCUUGUCAGAGCGGUGUAAGACGAAGGCAUCUUGUACAGCUAAUAUUUCCUGCAGAUCAAUCACAGGCAGUGGAUGGAGAUGCAAUUGAUGGGAGUACAAACACUGAUGGGAAACAUGAGGGUAAAGUUCGAAACACCACAGGGAAACAAACAUUCCCGACUGGAAGUGACAGAUGAUAAAAUAUUGAAUUUAUUUUCAAGUGAUUUCGUUAAUGUAUGCAUGUUUUGAUAAAUAAUUUAAAGUGAUAAUUUUGUAAAGGAAACGAAUAAAAGAAUGAAACUGA